CUGCUUCUCCCCUAUCCGCGGCAAAGGCUACUCACUCAGUAACAUACUCAGAAAAGUAACGCAUUACACGUUACUUAAGCCAAUUUCUCUUCUCAUAAACUCUCAUGGAGCAGUAGCUUGUUAUAAUACCUUUACAAAUUAGCUAUGGAACUGUGCUUUGCCAGAUGGAAAAAAUGCCAAGCACAAACAACUACAACGUAAUAACUAUUUGUCAUUUUAGCUAUAUCUCACGUAGCCAUAGAGGAAAAGAUGCAGCUUAGGCUAACAUUGAUUACGGUAAAAACGAACAGGACAGUGAAACAAUCUGAUAAUGUCACUUUCAUGUGAAUAGGCUAAAUCAACUUUAUUCGACGUUUAACUGGUUAAAAAAAAAAGUGAAGGUGACGUUUCAGUACCGUCGCUUUCAGUUCAAGGCUAACGUUACUUUACUUUGUUCCUGACUUGGUAGCCUAACAUUUAACAGUGGUAACGUCAUUUACGACAUCACACUGCUGCUGACUCCGCGGUCCAGUGCUAUGUUUAAUGGGGGCUGGGUGAGCAGUCUGUCCACCGGAGAGGAGAGAGACAGGGAGAAAGACUUAACAAGAAUCCAGAGCUCUUCUUCUCUGUCACCUCCGUCAAGUCAAACAGAAAAAAGCUAGAGCACGACCGGAAUUACACAUUCAGCCUUCAACGUAAAAGGGCAAAUUACUGGAACAAGCUAGCCACGCUGGAAGUCGCCCACCAUGUGGCCGUCGGGUGUGGGGAGCAGGCAGCCCUGCCCGCGGGAGUCGGCGCUGCGCAAGGCGGCCAUCAGCGGCAAUAUCAACGCCCUGCCGCACCACGUCCCCAUCGGCCGCAGCGUCCGGGUGUUUAUCUGUGCCAACCCCGACGACACAGAGGCGGAGAGGAACGCACUGAAAGAACACGUCUACCCCAAACUACGAGACUUCUGCAGGGAGAACUAUGGGAUUGAAUUCCAGGUGGUGGACCUGUACUGGGGCACGGACCCAGAGGAGUGGGACAGUCCAGAGCUGCAGCGACUCAGGAUGAAGCUCCUGGAGGAAUGUCUCAAGACCUCAGCGGGACCAUGUUUUGUUGGUCUGGUGGGAGAAAAGUACGGCAGCAUCCGAGUGCCGGGGGAGGUGGAAUCAGCUGAGUUUGAAAUGAUCUUGGAUGCAGCUGUGGAGGCGGGACUGGACACACACAUCUUGGAAGAGUGGUACUGCAGGGAUGAAAACUCUGUGCCACCCGCAUACUACCUCAAACCCAAAGCCCAAAUGCUUAAGAACUGCCAGAACUCUAUGGAGUCAAGCAGUGCAGCCAAGACCAAGAAUGACAAGGCCUGGAGGAAUGUGUCGGAGGAGAUCAAGAGGAUCUUUCGAACAGCGGUGCUGCAGCUUCAGGAGAAGGGGACCAUGAAGAGCGCUCAGGCCAAGAAAUUCCUUUGCUCUGCCUUGGAGGAUGAAUUAGACUUUGCCCUUGGAAAACAAACUCCUGCCUUUCUCAGGAAAUGUGUCUGCUACAUUCGCAAGAUCGCCAACUUUGACCGCUUUGCCAAAAUCCCUGAGAUGACCCGAUACAUGGACAUCGUGGCCGGCAGCGAUCGCGUCAUGCGCAACCAGGAAGCUUACGAACGCCUUCUAAAGGUACGGGACGAAUUCAUCCCCACAGUUGUUGCUGCCUCCAACCUCCGUGUCUAUUCAUCAGUCACUCACUGCGACAUGAAGUUAGGCUACUCCCAAGAAGUGGAGAGCCACUAUGUAGAAGGUCUGUGUAAACAGUUCUACGAGGACAUGGUGGAUAUCAUCCAAGCCACGGUCCAGCAGAACUUUGACACAGAGACUGACCCGCUGUACGAUGAGAUUCUGCAGCAACUCUCCCUAUGUAAAAGCUACGCAGCACUCUACGAGUUCAAGACCGAGUCUUUGGAUUACGUACAAGAGUACCUUCUGACGUCCAAGGGGAGCAGAAUGAGCCCUCUGGUGGUGUACGGGGGACCUUGCACUGGGAAGACACUGCUGCUGUCUGAGGUGGCCAAACAGGCCUACACAUGGCUGCAGAAAGAGAUGGGCCCUGAAACCGACCCAGUGGUUAUUGUCCGUUUUAUUGGCUCCAGCCAGCUCUCCACAGACCUACGCACCCUCCUCCAGAGCAUUUGUGAACAGAUUGCAAUAAACUACCGCUGCCUGAUUCACUUUUUGCCUAACAAGAUUCAGGAGAUGAGGGAGCUCCUGAUCAACCUUCUAGGAGAAUCUUCAUUCCACAGGCCCUUGGUCAUUGUCCUGGAUGCACUGGAGCAGCUCUCAGAUGCCGAUGAAGUACGCAAGCUGUGGUGGCUCCCCAUACAUCUGCCUCGGACAGUCCGUAUUGUAGUCUCAACGUUACCCAAUAAACAUGGCAUCCUGCAGAAGCUUCGACAGCUCAUUCAUGAUGAGGAGUAUUAUGUGGAAUUAAUUCAGAGGGACCGCAAGGUCUGCAGCCAAACAUUAAAACAGCAGUUGCUGGGGGUUAAAAGAAAGGUCACCUCAGGCCAACAGAUCUAUGUCAAUGAGGCACUUGCCAAGUGUACAUUGCCGAUGUUUGUCAACCUCAUCUACAGAGAAGUAGUUCAUUGGAGGUCUCACAAAGAUGUGGAUGACAGGUCCCUGUGCUCAACAGUGCAUGAAAGCAUAGAACAGCUUUUCUACUCCGUGGAGAACAAGUUGGGCCAACGAUUUGUCUUCAGAGCAUUAGGGUAUAUCACCAUGGCCAAGGCUGGGCUAACAGAGGUCGAGCUGGAAGAUAUUCUGUCCCUUGAUAAUAUAGUUCUUGGUGAUGUCAUUGUGGCAACAUACCUCAAAAACCCCUUGAGGAUCUCUUAUGAUUUGGUUGCAAGGCUUAAAGAGGAGCUGGAUGGUUAUCUGGUGGAACGCCAGGUACGUAACGUCACCUUGAUGGUUUGGGCAAACAGACACCUGCAUCUCAUUGCCCAGAAGCUGUAUCUAAGCAACGAGGAAGACGUCCAUCAAAUGCACAGCCUACUAGCUGAGUACUUCCUGGGGGCAUGGUCAGGAGGCAGGAAGAAGAUAUUCACUUAUGAUAACAACCAUUUCACUUCCCUGAAUAUAUCUCAUCACAAAAACCCCCACCAGCAGCAGUCCCAUGAAAAAACAUCCUCUGACAAGUACUCAUAUGACAGACAGACUCCAGAGCAGCCUUGGGUGUUCCAGUGCAAUCUUUUGGAGCCUGACAUUUUCUUUGUCAACCAUAGGAAGAUGACAGAGCUGGUGUACCACCUUACCAGGAGUGGGCGCACUGAUGACCUCAUGUUUGGUGUCAUCAUGAACUUCAGCUGGCUGUACACAAUGAUCAAGAUUGGCCAGUUUGAAAAGGCUUUAUCAGACAUUGACCUAGCGUACAGCUACACCCAAGAAAAAGAACUAAAGUUCCUGGCCACCACUCUCCGUAGCAUUAAGGUAAAAGUGCUGAAUAGCCCAGCAUCGCUGUCUGCUGAGCUGCAGCAAAGGCUUUUGCCAGUUGUCACCUCCCUCCCCAAGCUCAGACACCUCCUCCUUGAGUGUGACAAAGAUGGCCCGAAGUACUGCUCCAUUGUGCCUCUCCACUCCUCUAUGGACGUCACAUACAGUCCAGAGAGGCUUCCUCUGUGCUCUAGCUACAUGCAGAUUGUGGAGAUCCUGCCCACUCUAGCACCAAACAUAGUCCUUGUAGCCCUCGAAGAUGGGUCUGUCAGCACCUGGGAUGUAGAGAGCAGACAACUUCAAAGGCAGAUUGACACAGCCAAAUCCGUUGUGCUUGGAAUCAGGCUAACCACUGAUGAAAAGUAUCUGGUCGUGGCCACAACCAAAAACACGCUGCUCAUCUAUGAUAAUCACAAGUCCUGCCUUUUAUCUGAGGUUGAAAUCAAGGGGUCCAAGCAUGGUGGUGUCACUGGUGGGGUGGCCUUCAUCAAUGGUUUUACUCUGUCCACCCAUCAUGCUUUGGCUUGGCUUGAGGCUAGUAAAGACGUCAACGUUAUUGACCUACUCUACGGUUGGCCUCUCUACCAGUUCCAUUGCUGGUACGAGGUGACUUGUGUUCAGUGCUCUCCGGAUGGAAUGUAUGCCUUCUGUGGCCAGUACCUCAACACUGCAUCCAUCUUUCAUCUGGGGAAUGGGGACAAGUUGGCCACUGUGACCUCUGAGUUUUCUGGGGGAUUCGUAAAGUCCAUUCUAGUUCUGGACACCCUUCACCAAAUGGUGAUGGUUGACAAUGAAGGAAGUUUGUCAGUAUGGAACACCAAAGAGAUCACCAACCCACGUCUGAUGGAGGAUUACGAUUGUAGAGGGGAUGACAGUGAAGUGGUGGGCAUUGAGUUAUCUGAGGACCAACGCUCCAUUCUCAUUUGCAAGGCCAGAAGUAUUGAGGUUCUGGACACAAAAGUAUGGAAAAUGGUAGAGAAGUUCAAGGCCAAACGCACUGAACGCUUUGUGGCUGCUGUUCUCUCUAAGAAUGGACAAAGCAUUGUGGCCUCCAUGGAGAACACCUCUUCCAUCUUUGUCUGGAGGAGGGACAGUGGGCAAUGCAUGGCUAGCCUUAUUGAGAUCUCAGGGGCUAUUGUCAAACUCAUUAAAUCAGCCCACCACAACCUGCUCCUUUCUGUUGCCAGCAGUGGAGUGCUGUCUGUUUGGGACAUUGAUAUCAUCACCGCCAUGUCCAAUAUCGACAAAACAGGCAAGAAGAUCCAGACCUUGCAGCUGACUGGCAGAGAGGAUUAUGUGUUUACCAUGGACGGUUCAGAAGCUGUCCACAAAUGGAACUUCAGCACUGGCUUUAUUGAGACCGUCUUUAAGCACGAGGGCAUAGUGGAGAACUGUGUCCUAACCUCCUCAGGGGAUCUCAUGGUGACUUCAGAUGAUAAGUCCAGUCAGUACAUCUGGCAAACCAACACAGGAGAAAACAUCUUCCGCAUCAAUGGACAAAGAAUAUCACAGCUGUUAAUCACCCACAACGACCAGUUUGUAGUGUCCCUCUGCGAGCAGAAUGCCUCUAGAGUCUGGAGACUAGGGACUGGGCACAAAGUUUGCAACAUUUUAGUCACCCUCCAGAAUGCACUCGUUACCACAGCAAACACUUUCCUUGUGGGAACCUCCAAAAACAAGCUCCUCGCUGUCAGCCUGUGGUCGGGCAGCGUAUCCAAGAAGUUUGUCUGUGAUGAUGGCAUUACCAUCGUCAACUUCAAGCUCAUUCCUGACUGCCCUGACUGUGUCGUGUUCAUCACAUCCACAGAGACCGUUUUCAUCUGGAGUGUGGCUGAUGAGUCAGUUUGCAGGCGAGUCCAGCUGCCAACCAACUUCCUGAAAAAUCUAGAGGAUUUCCAGAUCUCACCCAAUGGGAAACUAGGAAUUGUCUCCAAAGGUGAUGAGAAUAUUAAUGUCCUGGAUCUUCACAGCGGAAAGCUGAGGCUUGUCCAUGCUGCUGGUAUAAUCUGGCGUCAGAAAUUAUCAAGAGAUGGACGUUAUCUAGUGUAUAUCUGUUUCCGGAAUUGUGAUGAAGAUGAUGAUGCUGGUGUUGUGUCCAAUUUGAUCGUGAUGCGCCUAGCUGAUGGUAAGAGCAUCGGCACAUGCUCCCUAUACAAGACGCCCACCUCCCUGUCUCUCUCCCAGCGAGCACUUAACAUCAUCAUUGGCUUCGAGGAUGGCAGUAUUGGCACAUACACAGUAGUGGAUCGUGUGGAUGCAGCUCUCAAGAUAAAGAUAGCCACCUCCAACAGCCGACAGAUUGUCAACAAUGCCUCGCAGAAGGUGCGGCCAAAAUGUGGCAACCAUUCCUUUAAGACUGUUGCCGACUGCGUUUGGAGGGAGUCAACCGAGGUCUUCUCCAGGGACAGCCCUAUCAACGUGUCUGACUCUGGGGAAGGUGAGUCGACCACGCCUACAAAGAAGACUGAACUUCUGCAGUGAUAGGUGGAGAUCAAAGAAGCAGGUAGAGUUAGGACAAGCAGGUGAAGAUAGGUUAAAAGGUUUAGAAUCUCUGGGGUUGCAGUUGAUACUUGUUUACAGCCACGUGAUUCAGCUGCAGAUGUCAGCCCUCUGGGUAGUUAAUGGGCCGACCGUUUUAACACUGCACUCAACUUAUGUAUUACUUACUUCCAACUUAUAAUACAGUUUCUCUUUGUUUUUCACACGAAGACUGUUAGAAAAAUUCUAAGUUUUUGAAAAAAAAGAAAAAGGUAUAUUCUGUGAGGUAUUAGUUUGCCAUUAUGUGUCCUUUUGCAUUUGAAGAACAAAGUUAUUAUUCAAAUGUCUUGGUCAAACAUUUUCAAAGCCAUUCCAGUGAUCUUAGGCCACUUUCAUUUGACACUAUCAUUAUUUACAUUGCGCACAUUAAGCCAUAAUGUUUAAGAGUAGAUUUAUGUUUGUAUCAACAUCAGUCGGUACUGUACAAAAAAGGAAGAACUAUGAACAUAUGUACAUAUCCCUUUCUGGCUGCUGCAAUUUGUGCAACUCCUUAAAAAUGUUAUGUUGUGCUUAAUGCAAUCAAAGUGAGUGCCUGGAAUUUAAAAUGUUCUUUAUGUGCAGAUAACAAGAUUUAUGAAAAUGCAGGGAAUUUGUAAACACAGUAUACACACAGUUACAUAAUACUUGCAUUGAUGUUAAAUCUACACGAUCAGUGUACUGAAAUCCAGUCAACAACACGAGAGACCGAUGGCAUUGCUCUUUGUAAUGAUAGUUGUAGAAAUUUCUUGGAACAGUUUACGUCAAUUUGGUGUGAAUUUACCUGCAGUUCCAUCAGUUUGUGUGCUGUUUGUUUUAAGGGAAACACCACUAUUGAGCAUAGUGUAGCAUAGCACCAUACACAUUCACGCCUUAACCAGUGUACUUACUAUAGGUUUUAGUGGAGUUUGUUCAGAUGUUCAGAUAGAAAAGGAAGGAGUGAUAAGCCCAAUGUUUCACUGAAACAACUUGGCCAUGUGAAUAUAUUUAGAGGUUUAGACAGUAGGUGGAAGCACUUUAUGAGUGGUUUGUGAAAUUAUUUAAAUGUAUUCAUAUGAAAUAUUGUGUAAAUUGUUUAAAGUGAUCUAGAGUUGUCUUAAAAUUGGUAUUGAAUUUGCCUACAAAAAUACACUAGACUAUCCAGGUACUUGCAGGCUACAGCUAACUCACUUGAAAUGCUACAGUCUCUGUUUAUAUGCCUGGUAUCACUACAACAAUAAGAUGCCGCUAUCUUAACACCUGACAGCAGAGACAGGAACAUUUGGAGAUAUAUGGGAUAAAAUUAAGGCCAAUAAGAUUUUGAGCUUAAAAAAAAUAAGACAUUAUUAUAAUAAUAAUAAUAAUAAUAAUAAUAAUAAUAUAACUAUAAUUAUAAACAGAUGUAUAAUAAUAGGAAUAUAAAAAAUAAAUAAAAUUGUAUCAACUGUGAGAUUACACAGAAGAAAAACUGCUUUUGUGAACAUCCGAGUACAGAUUCAAAGCAGAAAUGUUACAGAUGAACACACAUUUAAGUUACAUCUUUUGCUUUCAUAGCCAAAAACAUGACCAAAACUUACACUUUAAAUCACUUUCUUUCUUUUUUUUACAUUUACUUGUACUUUGUGCUUCGAAUUUAUACUCUUUGAUCGAACAAAAGCUGUUCUUUUUUCUGAGUCUUUAAAUUUCUUCACUGUUGAUAUUUUUUCCGCACAAAUAUUAUUUAAACAUUCUGAAGUUCUUUCCACAAAUAGAAUUUUUUUUGACACAUUCACAGCCCACAGAAAUGUGACCCUGGUAACAUCAUGACAGGCUGAAAUAAAAGAUCUGGUUUGCUGACAAUCUAAAAGAAUAGAUGAUGAGUUCAUCUAUGAGGUUGUACCUUGCAGGUACCGUGAUCGCUUUCGUUAAGCAUGUCUGUAAUAACCCAAAACGCAAUUUUGAGCUCUGAUGAAACCAAUCAUCUGCCAGGCAUGAUUGAAAAUACCACACUUAUACUUUGACAUAUACUUUUUAAGGGCUAUUACAUCUUAUUGUAUGUUUACUAGUUUUGAACUGUUGAGAGAACGGCCCUUGGAUAAUUUCAAACCGGGUAGCAGCAUCAAGCGUUAAAAUACUUUAUUUCCCUACAACUCUUUCUAAUUUGAAAAAAAAAAAAAAAAUUAUAUUAUGUAAUUGCCAAAGUCCCAAUUAUAGUUUGUGUUUCAUUUUGUUGACUGUCUCAUUUUUUUUAAAGGAACACUUUAGCUUGUUCACCGUAACCCUCAGAGUUAGAUAAAUACAUACAUACCCUUCUCAUCUCUGUGCGUAUUGUAACUCUGUCCGACAGCUCCACCGGUAGUUUAGCCUUGCACGGAUCCUGAAGGUAAUCGGUUCCAACUAGCCUACUGCUCCGAAUAAGUGACAAA